CUAAAAUCAUGAUUGCACUUAUUUCGGUACACAUACAUCAUUGUACAUGUAGUUCUCACAAAUAGGGGGCCUACAAUACACAACUUACUUCCUGAUGUUCAGAUUGACACAUAAAUGUCAGCUUCAGCAUGAAUCUGUAUACAAAGUAAAACAUUUAGGAUAUUUGGAGGGUGGGAAUGGUCUUUUUCGGGACACCGGGGGUGAAAAUCGCUGUUUGGAUUUGGGAGAAGUGUUUGCUAGGGUGCUGCGCCCUUCUCUGUUCACCUGGAAGAAACACUAUCAGGUGCAACACAAAAUAUUGAAAUAAUAAUUUCUCCAAGAAGUAGACUUUUGCGGUGGCUGUCAUUGACCACAGUCUUGUAUGGCUCACAUGUAGCCUUAGGAGUCUUGUUCAGGAGUUGGUCUGAACUCUUUUGUCAUUUGUGCGGCACCAACCACAUCGGCCUCAUGUUAAUCAAACUUGCGAUGGCCACGGACUCAGGGCGGAAAUGGGGGACAGUUAGUUCUCAUCAACUAUCGGAAGUGAUACGGCGAGAGGAUGAUAAGGUGCUAAUCAUCGACAGCCGGUCCUUCCUGGAAUACAACACAUGUAACAUUCUACGCGCCGUCAAUAUCUGUUGCUCGAAACUUGUUAAACGGAGACUCCAGCAAGACAAGGUGUCAAUUCUGGAGCUCCUGUCCCAAACCUGCCACAUCGAUGCUGAGGCCUACACGUCUGUGAUUGUUUACGACCAGUGUACGGAGAGUUCGCAUCUUCUCGCUGCUGAUUGUUUCCUUGUUGUGCUUUGUAAGAAAUUACAAAGUGUCUUUAAAAAAGUCAACCUCCUGAAAGGUGGUUUCCUUGAAUUCCAAGCGGCCUACCCCAGCCUAUGUGAGAACAAAGGCAAUAGUGACUACAAGUGUGCCUCCCUAAGCUCCAUGUCCCAACCCUGCCUGCCCAUUAACAAUAUCGGACCAACAAAAAUUCUACCUUUCCUUUUUCUGGGCUCACAACACGAUGCCUUCUCUCAGGAAUGUACAAAAAUGAAUGGCAUUACGUAUAUCUUGAAUGUGAGUACCACUUGCCCAAAGCCGACGUUCAUACAGGAAGGGCAUUUCUUACGCAUUCCAGUCAACGAUAACUACAAUGAUAAACUGUUACCACAUUUUUAUCAAGCAUUCCAGUACAUAGAUAAAGUUCGGGAAGCUAACGGGUGUGUGUUAGUCCACUGCUUGGCGGGCAUCUCAAGAUCACCAACGCUAGCUAUAGCCUACCUCAUGCGGUAUCUAAAGAUGUCCUCUGAUGAAGCUUACAAAUAUGUUAAAGACAAGCGACCAACAAUUUCACCAAACUUCAACUUUCUUGGGCAGUUACUUGAGUAUGAAAAGCAAUUAAAACGGGAAGCAAGUGACAAUCCUCACGAUUCUUCACAGGGAGGCCAGAAAAGGCAUUGUGUUGAAGGUGCAACUAGCUUACAAAGGAGGCCUGCAGCAUCAACGAGUAGACCAACUGGUUUCUCGAAUCCAAGAUUUCCCGUCCGUUCAUUUGAAGACAAGGCGACAGUGUCGUCACCGACCACUGCCUUGUCGAAAUUGAACUUCAACCCCUCUACUCCGGAAGGGGCGACUGCAGAUCUGCCCUACCCAACUACCUCGCUAGACAAACUGAACUUCACUCCAUGUUUUGUGAAAGAGGAUGGGUCAACAUCAUCAGGGCAGAAACGUUCAGCGGCUGUGAAACGUCCACUUAGUCUAAGCAGUGUUCCAGAUGUUUUACAUUUUGAGGAGAAGGAUCCACAAAUUACCUCUUCGUGUCAUUCGGAGAAAAACGAAGUGGUGAUGCGCUCACCGGAAGCUCGGGCAAAACGCCCCCUGAAGAGGCCUAAUAGUAUUUCCUUUUCGUCAUAUCCAAAGUUUGAUUUUGGUAAUGACCAAACAGUUGUGGAUAGUCCAGAAGCGUCUCAGGAUGAUAGUGUGCCAGUGGUGAAAACAUUACAUGAGUCGCUGCCCUGUCCCCACCCUAGCAGAGAGAGACUGCUCGGGCCCGAGAAAAUGGGCCUUGUACCACUGGGCACUUCAAAAAAGGCAGAAACAUAUAACUGCCAGAGUGUGAAAUCUUGUGAGCAGCGCAGAAAGUCACGCAGUCUUGAUGAUAUAUUAACAUCAUCAGACGAUGAUUCACCUCGAAACAGUUGCGAUUGUACUGUGAUCGAGAAUAAUCUAAAACAGUCAAGUGGUGAGCGUUCCAUGGAUCUGUUCACAGGUUCUAUUGGAGGACUGGAGAAACUUCGUUGUGUAGGGACAACAUCGACGGAUCCACAUCAGUCCAGCAGCAGUAUUUCAUCAGGAGGCAGCCACAACUCCUUGCAUGGGAGCCUGGAACUAAUUCCUGUGUCAUAACAUCUUACACUAAGCUACACCACAUUUGCCUUACUCUCUGCCUGACAGCCAGCUUCUACUUGUUAGCUGCUGGUGACUUCCUUUUCAAACGAUUAUCAAAAGUGUCACUAAGAUUGAAGUAAACAGGUUUUGUGAAGUUAUAACUUUGAAGAAUGUGUCAGUUUUGAAAUUUAGUUCAAGUUUUGCCAUUUUGAAACACUGAUCAACCCAAAAAAGCUGAAAAUAAUCAUUCUAAAUCAGCCCUAGAGUAACAGUGGGUUUAUUUGAAGAGAUUUGAAGAAGGAUUGUUGUCAUUUUGUAGAAGUUUGGCAAAUGCACAUGUAGCUCAGUCUCUAUCUCAGGUCAGACAGUGCUGUGUUGUUACUGCACGCAUGGUUUACCAGGUAACUCGUCUGAUAUUGGGCAUGCCAUGAGAUGGUGAGGUGUCUCACGAUUUAUUGAAACCAGUGUCAUACCUUAUCAAUGAUUUAUGUACAUUGGCUGUUUAUAAUUACGUUUAGAAUAGAUCAACAUAGUUUUGAGCUCCAUUGAUGAGUGGGUGCAGGGAUUAUCCAAACUGUUCUCGGGGCAUUGUGUGUCUUCUAUAAACCUAUUAUGUCUCCUAUAUACCAGUACUACAACUCUUCAUUUCACUUGUAUUAUUAAGAAGGGUCAGACCUAAUACUAUAGUAGUGUUCCCUUAUUCUUGAAAUGGACUCAACUUGGGUCACUUUUUUGACAGCAGCAGUUAAUUGAUUGUCAGGGCAGGGGAUAAUCCUUCACUACCAGUAGAUUUGAUUUGUAGAAGUAAUUGAACAGUACCUCCGUUUAUUAACGGAAGGCCUGAACACACCAAGUAUGGGUCCUGUUGAACUGUUCAAGUUUUGUAGGUUUUGUGGAUUGUUUCAGUGGUUGAGAUGUUGAGUAUUGUCUGCCACUGUUAAACCUAUCUCCAUCUGAUUUGUUUAGGCCUUUAGAGAAGAUGUUUAAUGGACUCUGAAUGGGCUCAUCAAAUGCGACUCUUAUUCCAAUUCCACUUUAACUUCACUACCUCAAUUCAGACUUGUAAAUAUCUUUCUUUAAUUUGUAACGACUUUACAUGAAAAUUUCCACUCCCAUUUCUCAGGAGUGAAAUAUGUUGGUGAGGGCAGUUACCCAACCCUUAAGUGUUCGACUGUCCAGUGGCAUUGUUACCCAAUACAGACCGUUGCCUGGUGUAUCUAGGUGUGCAGGCACUAUCUUUUGGUAUGUUAUACUUGUUACAUUUGGUGUUUAAAGUCUAAUAAGAGAAUGUUGUUAAGACUCAACCAAAGUUUAGUUGACCUGUUGUGUUUCUAGUUAGUCUCGAACAACACAAGAUAUAUAUCUCGAGCACCAGAAUCGGAUGUAUCACGAGUUAGCUUAUAAAUAUGUAGAGGAGAUACCGGUUCUAUGAUGAUGUAAAUAACUAGGUUUAACACAAACUUAAAAAUCACCCUCAUAGCCAUGGCCAUGGCAUGGAAUAUGUUUUUGUUCGAGAAUCGGUUUAGUCUUCGGACUAGAGAGGAUGAGGUAUAUAACCUCGGCCAUUCCAGACUACGGCAGCAAUGCAGCUGCUUUGCAAACAUGUAUCUCUAGAUUGUAACGCAAUUUGUUUUCACCUUUAGUUGAAUGAAUAAAACCAGAGGGGCCAUGGAUGGAAUCAACAUGGGUAUCAAUAGGGUUUGUGUAUGUAUGUAGUAUUUGAUAGGAUAAAGGGCAUUUUACACUGUAUUAGUGUCCUAGUCUAAAAUCACUAUAAACCAUCUACUCAGCAAUGCAGAGGCAAUCUUUAGUAUUUCCUUUAAAUCAAACACAGAAUUCUGCUCCUAUCUUUUGCUAAUUGAUCGUAUGAUAUUAUACAUUUCAUUAGGUACUCUCUUUGCCAAGAUCAGUUUCGCAACAUCUAGAUUAUCUGAUGCACUGUUGUACUAUAAUUGCUAUCACUAUCAGCAAUGAUCAUAUGACAGUUCACAAUAAAGGUUAUCUGUACUUUGGACAAGUUCAGAUCACUCCACUGAAGCUGGUUGUGAGUAUUCGCCUGCUUGCAAAUAAGCACAUGGUAGCAGUUAAUCUAGUGAUUCUGAAUUUGAAAUUGUUGUGAACCCAAAUUUUAUUCGAUCCCCUUAAAGUACAGUUUUACGUACAGUUUUAACCCUUUUGUAUCAUCCAUGGAUUUGAUUUGUUGUUAUUUAGAUAAUGGUAUGUUCAAUAUGUACUAAUUUGACACUUGGUGUUUCUUGGACUUGUUGAUGUGAAAAUUGUAUUGCACGUAUCAAAUUAGAGUUUUCAAGAUUAAACAUGAGCGUCAAUCCUACGAGGUGUUUAUGAAAGGGAACAUACAAUGGCAUUGACUUCAACAUCAAUAAAGUGUUCACAUUUUUUGUGCCGAAAUUUUGUAUAAAAAGGCGAACAGAUUUUGAGAAGGUGUCUGUUCAUUAGCACUUUAUCCUCCUCAGUUUUCCUGAUGUCGUCCUGGUCAGAUUUCCCACUAGAGUUUGUUUCAUUAGGGGUUUGUGACUCAAGGGGUCGAAAACUUUACUCUGAGGGGAUAUUGACAAGCCUUGUUAGUGUAAUCAUAGAGUUUGUCCUUUGGAGAUUUUGUGUUGAAGGUUAGACUCGACCGCAGGUUUUAAAUACCUGAGAGAUUUGCGUGAUUGUGAUGCUGUUUAGCUUAUGACUGUGACUUUGUAAGUAGAUCCGUCGGUGUUUCAUGGAUGUUCCGUCUUGUUUUAGGGGUUAUAGUCCACUUCUUUGUGGGGUUAUAGUCCACUUCUUUGUGGGGUUAUAGUCCACUUCUUUGUGGGGUUAUAGUCCACUUCUUUGUGGGGUUAUAGUCCACUUCUUUGUGGGGUUAUAGUCCACUUCUUUGUGGGGUUAUAGUCCACUUCUUUGUGGGGUUAUAGUCCACUUCUUUGUGGGGUUAUAGUCCACUUCUUUGUGGGGUUAUAGUCCACUUCUUUGUGUGAUUUCUAACUAUGUGAUCAAGGGUUGGAUAGCAUUUGCAUACAUUGUUAAUUUUGGUGUUGUUUGAAUUAGACAGAGACAUGUUUGAAUUUCAAAAACAAUUAAAAAGAAUUGCCAUGGACACAAUGAUCCUAAUAUACCCUGCAAUGUGGUCUCAUUUCUUGCAAAUUUGUCAAAUGUGAGAGGACUCGUAACUACUGUCAGGUGCUUUUCAAAAUUGUAAAACUACUUGCCUACUUUAUGGAACUGAAACCUCUGUAGUCAAAACGAGGCUAAUACGACAUUGCAAUCAGGGUGUUUUAGAUUAACAGUCUCAAAGCAUUUCAGAGAUUUGUUCUACAACAGAAAAAGAAAUGUUUGUUUUGUUCAGGUUUGAUGUCGAGUUCGUGAACAGCGUACCAGUCUCUUCUGUGUCCAAAUACGGCACCAUGAAGUGUACUUGUUAGGUAUUUUCAUCCGUGUUAGUGUUUUGUAUUUCAAUACUCCAGUUGGAAAUUCACGUACAAUGGUUUUGCCUUGUAAUUAGCAAAGCCGCCAUUAUGUUUUCAGAAGUGUUUUGGCUUUGAAGCAAUACUUGAGAAGUACUGUCUUGAGUCUCUUGGAUGUGAAGCAUAGCAAAAGUUAUUCCAUAAGGCGUAAGAAAAUAUGUUGCUACUGGAUUUAACUCUCAGUAUGCAUUUCAUAUGGUAUCUUGAAUAGAAUUUCAUGUCCAUUGGCACACACUGUAUUGUAUAGGAGGUUGAGUUUGAAAUGAAUCUAGUGGCUCUGACAAUAUCAUUAAUCAAAAACGAAGGUGUAAUUGCGUGCAUAAUUGACUGCUAUUGUUAUCGCAUUGUUGAGAUAUUGAAUUAUUAUAGAAUUCUAUUAAUUUGUUAAGACCAAAGUUGUCGUGGUGCAUUUGCUCACCACAGAAUAUGCACAUGUGUGAUUGGUGAGAUUCGAUGAAGACCACAAAGGAAUAUAUUGUUCAGAGCUUGUGCAAGUUGCUAACGGUGCCAGUGUGGGAAUCUAGAUCUAGAGAUAUCUUCAUCUUGUUACAAUCACCAGUAUCUCUUUGUUGACAGUGUUCUGCGUAUUGUAUCCUAUGAACAGACUUAAGGAAUAUUUGCCAUUAUAAUAGUUCUUAUCAUUAAUAAUCAAAUGCAUGCAUCUUUGUCCAAGAGGCUCAAGGCAGACAUGUUUGUACAUAAUGAUUAUGGUAUUUCACUUUAAGUAAUUUGUUAUGUAAAUUGAUAUAAUUCUAAAUAUUAGGUAAAUUAAGCAAUUGCACAAUCAUCAUAUGCUGCAAUCGCAACCAAUUCAGUCACGUGACGCAUUACAACCCUGCCCCCCUCAGCUGUUGAAAUGAGACGGUCCAUAUUGGUAAUUGCCAUGUAUUUCAUAGUUCUGGAUCUGAACACUUUUACUGUUUAGGGGUGCAAGGGAUACCAAGCAAUAAUUUCAUGUGUGAUAUGUGUUCAGCAGUGAAUCCUCUUGUCAUAAUAAUAUGCCAUUUCAUUCUCAAUAUAAGAAUAUGUGUAUUGUAAUAUUCACCUCAGGUUUUCCACGCCCGUUAAUAGAAUUGUGUGUGUGCCUUAUUCAGGUUGAUCAUUGCAGUUUGUUGGGAAAAGUUAGAAUGUAAUUACUUUCAGCCCUCUUUUGGUAUAUCAAACUGUUUCAGUUGUGUUCUGGUGUAUACCAGCUGUUCUUGUUCUGGUUCUGUUUCUGUUUAAUAGUUGACAAUCCUUCAUUUGUGGUCAAUGAAAAGUAAGGAGGGCAAAUGGGCGUGGCAAGCUAUGGAAUGAGCACUGCAGUGGAGCGGCAGAAUGAAAGAACAUGUCCACGACAGGCUAGCCAGGUGUCUGAAAAUCAAAUUUGUUCAAAUGUUAUCCUCGUUCAGAUUUCAUUUAAUCAGUUUUCUCUUCAAAAUUCUUAUGUUUGUAAAGGUUUAUAUUAUCUCAUGUGCUGACAGUUUAAAGUUCAUGUUAUGUUUUAGUGGUAGCCCAAUUCAUCAAUUGACAAAGAAAUGGUAAGCUCCACCUACAUGUGAACUCAUACAAGUUAAUAAUCACUGUAUUGAUAUGUAAAUAUGACACAUAACAAGUAAAUAGAUAUGUAAAUGAGAGAAUUCAUUAGUAUUGGCCAGUAAGUCAACUUGCCAUACUGUAAUGGGCAACUAGUAUAAAAUAUCAUUUCUCUUGACCCAAUGAUAUACCUGUUUAAGUUCGCCUCUGAGGACACUGGCUCAGGGAUUAGCCAGAGAUUAGCCAAGGAUUACUGAAAUGAAUGCUACUAGCACUCGCAGUAUUCGUUCAUGUCUUGUGUCUUGUGCUGAAUUCAAGAGUUGCAAGCGCUGAAAUCUUGUUGAUAUCUAAGAAACAAAUCUAAGGGGGCAAAGUUAUAAAUUUGGCAGCUCCGUUUGAAUCAGGGACCAAUCCGAAACCUAAAGAAAAUAGUAUAUUCAGAGUGAACUUUAUCUUAAGAUUCAGACAGAUCUUCAAAAUCAUUAAAAGAGUGUAAAUAGUCAUGCAGGAUUCUUUUAGGUUAAAAUAGAUGCUUAUGUUCUGUUUAGGGAAUAAAUAGCCUUGCUUGUUAGACCAUCAAAUCUCAGAGGGAGCUGGUCAAGUCAUGCCCAGCAGAUCAUCACAAGUGAGUGAAAGUCAUCUCAUAUUCUGUACUUUUGUUCCUAAAAAUCAAGAUGAGUACUACAUGGAGAUCGAAAUAGGUUCAUUCACUUCAUCUGAAAUAGUCCAGAGGUUCUAAAUAUCACAGGCAAAGUUAAAAAAUAAGCACUUGUGCCAUCAGUAAUUGAUUUUGUGCAUUUUCAUCACGUAUUAGUUAUUGUAGUCGACUAUGUUUUUAUGUAAGCAUAUUAUUUUGUGUAUGAACCCAUUGACAACAUGUAUAUAAGCCACCUAGUGGUUCAAGACAACUUUAAGGCCUUCAUUUAUCUGUUUUCGAUGUUUCAUUUUGGCAGUAGUUAUGCUUUUUGUAAUUGAGCAUUAAAUCUAGUAAGAAUCACAUUAUCAUUUGCAUUGGUUGAAAGCUUCUUCUUUUGAAUGUGAGGAAAGUAAUUCAUAAAAUGAUUUAAUUAAACUGACCAGUUUAUCUAAUUGUGUUCUCAAAGCUUUUUCCAAUCAUUGUAUUGGGAAUUUCUUCUACACUGGGUUAUCUACCGAACCAUGGAGAUAAAGAAGCUUGACCUUCAAAAAUAUAUUACAUCAAAGACUCCUUUAUUGCAUCUUUUAUGUCAGGACCUUUGCUGCUUCUGUAAAGGGUGUUUUCCCUUCUAUCGGGGGUGAAGAACCAGGGAAGCCUCAACUAAUGCAAACUGCACCUUUGGACAUUUGACCGAUUCUAUAUUUCAAGUCAUCAUCUUUUCUUCAUUUUCUUCUAAUUAUUUAUUCCAUAUUUAAUUUAUGGGCUAUGAUUUAGUAUGCACGUUCCUUAUGUAGCAAGUUUUGUGUUGUUUGGUGAAUAAAGAGGAGGACCAAACUA